UUUCUUUCACUCCCUUCAGUAAUACCACAGUCACUUCCUUCUACCAGCCAGACUGCACAGCUCCAUUCGUGUCGACUGCCCAGAGUCCACGAAUACAGCCCUACACCUCUCACCACAACUUCUAAACUCACCCUGACCGCACAUACCACUGCAAAGGACCUGCAGCAGCACAUCUGCGGACCAUCCGUGACAGCAGCCACAUUCCAGCAGCCUCUCCUGCCUCUGUUCAAACAUGUCGCUCUACAGUUUUGGCCUGGAGCCGCUCUCCUGCCACGCCUGGAACAAAGACAGGACACAGGUUGCAGUGAGUCCCAACAACAAUGUGGUGAACAUCUAUGAGAAGAACGGAAAAGAGUGGGUCAAGAUCCAUGAACUGACUGAGCACAGUGGACGAAUCACAGGCGUUGACUGGGCCCCAGAGUCCAACCGCAUUGUGACAUGUGCCUCUGACCGCAACGCCUACGUGUGGACUCUGAAGGAUGGCGUGUGGAAGCCUACCCUGGUCCUGGUGCGCAUCAACCGUGCGGCCACCUGUGUGAAGUGGUCACCACUGGAGAACAAGUUUGCCCUGGGCAGCGGAGCUCGCCUCAUCUCUGUCUGCUAUUUUGAGAAGGAGAACGACUGGUGGCUGAGUAAGCACAUCAAGAAGCCUGUUCGCUCCACAGUCCUGAGUCUGGACUGGCAUCCCAACAACAUCCUGCUUGCAGCUGGGUCUGCAGACCUCCACUGCAGGGUCUUCUCAGCCUAUAUAAAGGACAUUGAGGACAAACCUGGACCCACUGCCUGGGGGGCUAAGAUGCCUUUUGGGGAGGUGCUGCUAGAGCAUAAGGACUGUGGAGGUUGGGUGCACAGCGUUUCUUUCUCCCCCAGUGGAGACCAGCUGGCCUGGGUGGCCCACAACAGCAGCAUCGCUGUGGCUGAUGCUGCCCAGAAGAAGGAGGUAACCCAGCUGUCCACUGACCGCCUGCCACUGCUUAGCGUCCUGUAUGUCAGCCCCACUGAGAUUGUUGCUGCGGGUCAUGACUGUUGUCCCUACCAGUACACUUAUAAAGGUCCAGGUGCUCUGGAGUUUGUAAAGAAACUGGACAUCCCCAAGCAGAGCACCAAGGGAAGCAUGUCAGCCAUGCAACAUUUCCGCAACCUGGACAAGAGAGCCACUGAAGAGGACAGCAACGAGCUGAACGCCCUUCACCAGAAUAGCAUCACACAGCUGUGUGUUGUAUCAGGGGAAACAGCCAAAGUGGAGAAGUAUAGCAGUGUGGGUCUGGAUGGAGCCAUGGUGAUCUGGGAAUUUAAGCACUGAGACACAGGAAGUUGUCAGUCCUGUCCAGACAUCUGGUUGAACCGACCGAUGGAUUAUAACUGCCAGUAAACCCAUGUGCAACAAUAUGGAACUACUGAUAUGCUUAUUAUAUAACUGGAAAACACUGUCAGCACAUGCUCUGAAGUGUGAUAUUUGUGAAAAAAGAAAAUAAAGAGGAUAUUUACA